CCCAUCUCUGGAGGUGCUCAAGGAUGGGUUGGAUGGGCCGUAGGAUUCCAUGAUUCUAUAGUAAACUGUAUUCUCUUUAAGGUCCUUCCAAAUCAAACCUUUCUCUUUGAUGACUCUGUGAUAGACUGGGGGUGGUCGGAAGGUUGGGAGGAGACAGAGCAAGGAGGAGAGCUGACCCCCAGAGACCAAAGGGACACUGCAUGCAGAAUGAGGCCAUGAUCAGAAGAUGUGGGAAAAAGAGAGCGAAGGAGAAGUUUCCUCCCCUCAAGAAACAGGAAACACAGACCAUGUUGGGGUGUCUGACAUCCCAAAUAAAAGCGGGGGCUCUACAGAAACAACAGAUGCACCAUGGGCUGCAUCUCAGCCUCUCGCUGUGGGUAACUCUGUCGGCUGCAGACACCACAGGACGGGUCAUAAGGUCAGUAAGCAAACCUGUGACCAUCUGCAUCCUGCUCACAGCAAAGCAGGCAGCGUGAGGAGAGAUCUCCAAACGAUGUGGAGGCAUUCAGAAUGGGCCACGCAAUGUCCUCAUGUCGCUGCCCUCCUGCUGCUGCUGGUGGUCGGUUCUGAUGUGAGCACCCAGGACAUCUGCAGCUCCAGGGCUGAAGCCCUGGAGUGCUGAUUGUCCGUGCCUUGGGAUACAAGGUGUUUUUCAACUCAUGAUGCUGGUGGAAUCCCUGUGCCAUCUCUCCAGGUACUCUCCAGGCUCCAGUCCUGUUCCUUAACGCAUCCCGUGCUCAGGAAGGGGACGUUGUCCUGGCUCAGUGUGUUCUUCAGAACCGGUUUCCUGCUACCCGAAUUGUCUUCUGCAAGGAUGGGUUGGAGGUGUACAGCAUGAAAGCCCAAGAGGGCAGGGUCAUCAACUCCAUGCUGCUGAGCAUCACUGAGGGGAGCAGUGGGACAUACAAGUGUUUGUACCAGCAGAGGAACGAGGAAGACCGUCUGAGGAGCUCUGCCCUCAGUCCUCCGCGGGACCUGCAUGUCACAGGCCAUGUGUCCGGCUCCACGGAAGGGACAGCAACUGCUGACCCCAGCAACCAGCUGGCCUCCACAGUCACUGUGGUGGCAUCAGUGACCAUCAUCCUCCUCCUUUCUGCAGCGACCUUCUGGACCAUCAAGAAAGGUGCCUGCAGGGAGAGAUGCCGAUGUGUUGGUAGUGCUGAGGAAUCUUCUGCUGACUGCGAUUCUUACUAUGCCAACGUGGAUGAAAUGAGGAGAGUGAAGGUGAGCUGUGCUCUUCCAGAGGCCUGCAGUUGAGCAUGCAUUUUUUGCCCACAGAAGGCAAGGCUUUGGAGGGGAAAUGCAAACACAGAUGUGGUGGUGGUGGUGCUCUGGCUGCAGUUCCCUUCCUGCCACGAUCCCAUGGGGAACCCUGUGUGGCCGUGCUGUGAGACCACUGUAAUUCCUUGUUGGAGUUUUGAAGGCAUCUGAAAUAAAGAGCUCUGAAUUUUGAAUGUAAGACAGAAUGCCAGAAAGU